AUGGUCACAAGGUGUCAUUGGUGGUCCAUGGGAUGUCUCCUAUGCUUUGAGCUUCUGUGCUUUAAAUGGAUCGUCAGUGACCAUUCCCUGAACUUACAAAUAUCCCCCAAAACAAACUGUGGAACAACUCUGCAGGUGAAGAUACGUCCUACAACCGUGACAGAGGGACAGAGUGUGACACUGACCUGCACCACCCGCACCUGCAGUCUAAGCAGCCUCACCUACAUCUGGUACAAGAACAGCCUGCCUCUGUCAACCAAGCUCACACCGGGCAACAACACCCUCUUCUUCAGCGCAGUCCACAUCGCAGAUGCAGGCAGAUACGUCUGUGCUGUAGAAGGUCACGAGGAUCAUCUAUCCCAUGCAGUGACGCUCAGUGUUAGGUUGCACAACUACACCUGGUACAGGAAGACUGGAGAUGAAACCUUACAGAUAGGUUCGGGACAGAAUUACAGCUUCGCCAGAAUCCACUCUAAGUGCAGUGGACAUUGUCUGGCAAAGAAUGAUGUUGGAAGUGGCCAGUCUUUAUCCCUGCUGGUGGACGUCAAAUAUGCUCCAAGGAACAUUACAGCAUUGCUCAGUCCCUCGGGGGCUAUAAUGGAAGGCGCUUCAGUGACUCUGACCUGCAACAGCGAUGCCAACCCACCUGUGCACAACUACACGUGGUACAAGAAGUAUAGCAGGACUGAAUCCAGCCUGAUUGGAUCAGGACAGAAGUACGGCAUCUCUCACGCCAGGCCUGUACACAGAGGCCGGUAUUAUUGUAAGGCAGAGAACAAAGUAGGAGCCACUGCAUCUACAACUCUUCCUGUACACGUGCACAAGCCCCCACUGUGGGGGUCCAUAGGACCGCUGUUAGCACCUAUACUCAUCCUCAUGGCUGGCACAGUGGCAGUGUGUCUCAGUGUGUGUUGGAGAAACACGGAAACUAUAGCAGCAGAAGAUGACAGUAUGACACACAGUGGAAAGGAAGACUCCGGUCCCAUUUACUGCAACAUUUCAGCAAUGCCCACAGCCCCUGGCAAUGCCUCUGGCGCAGACGCAGGAGAUGGCGAUGACGUCCAGUACGCCACUGUUCGGUUCACCCACAGCACAACACAGGAUGGGACGCCGCAAGGCUGUGCGAGCGAAGAUGAUGUGGAGUACGCCACAGUGAACUUUUCCGUUCUCACUACUACUGAUGCCCGGUCUGAGGAGGAGUCUGUGAUCUACAGCAAUCAGCAGAAUGCAUACAAAUGAGGACAACGGUUUAAUUUCAUUCCAAGUCAACGGUUAAAUGGACCACUAUUUUGUACUUACUUUUGUUCAGUCCAGAUUGGUAUCAUAGUGUAGUUAGCUUUUCAGUAUCAGUAUGCUUGACUGAAGCUCAAUAAUAGUGAUU